ACUAGCUUCACUAUGUGUCAGAAGUUAUGGAAGAAACGUUCGUAUAUAGAUAAGAGUGUAUAGGAAGAGCUUGAUUAGGCGAGAUGUCCGAUAGAAUAGUUUUUUGAUAAUCCGUAUACUGUAUAAAGUUUUUAUUGUUCAGUAUUGGUUUCUCAUUGAUAUAAACAGUAUAAAGAAAGAAUAUAUCUAUAUGUAAAGUACACCUCUAAAAGUAUUUAGAAUGGCUUUUAGUCCACUUGCUCAAGGAUUUGCCUCUUGGAACGGUCCCGGUGCCGUUGACUUUAUUGAUUCAGAUAAAAAAGUAGUCCCCAAGCCGAAAGAUAUGGGGUAUUCAGUUCUCAACACUGUACCCAACUAUCGAUGCAUGUCCGCCCCCGUUGACAGACAAAAACAAGAGGCUCUUAUACCAAAAACGUACCUUACGAGGCGGGGUCGUCUACUAUUAUUCUCUGGACCUUCCGAUAAAGAAAUGGAAGAGAUGAAUGCUAGGGAAGGAGACAAACUUCGUAACAAGCUGAAGAAAAUGUCUGAUAGCGAAUUACAAAAGAAAUUCGGUAGUUUAUCCCGUUUAGCUCAAAGUAUUUUGAGUUUUGGAGACGGAGAGUAUAAUAAAGAACAUUGCAGUAUUUCCGAUCCGGCUAAUAAAACUUAUCUUAAUUUCCUGCACGAUUUAAAUUCAGCAGCGGAUCAUGAAUUGAAGAGAGAGAGUACCGAUGAUUACCUGCAGCAAUUACGAAGGCAUUCAGCCAGGUAAGGAUGAAAUGUCCAAUCCCUCUUCCUAAUUGUAUGUAAAUAUGUGUAAAUGUGUGAGAAAAGGGAAGGGAGAGGGGGAAAACAGCUUAAAUUUAUUAACAAUAAACAAACAUAACACUUAAAAUCACGCAGUUGGUUUAGAAGCUUAAGAAAUAAUCACAAUUUAUCGGAAGAUGAAAAGCAACUUCAAGAAGCCUUACUCCUCUUAGCAAGGAAUUCACCAGAUACAGAAUCUUGCACGUCUAGUACUGAUAGUCGACCAUCAUCGGCACAAGCACAAUUUAGGACUUUUCAGUUUGUCAAUCAAAAUUUAAGGCUUGUUUUAAUUUUAAUUCCCUUUUCUUUUUUCCUUCUCUUCUCCUCGCUUUGUCAUUUUGACGAAUAGCUUAUCUUCGAGGUCUCCUAAAACUGUGCAGAGAUUAUCUAGCGAAGAGCUUAAGAAAUCUCUAAGGACAAGAUCUUCGUUAAUGUUUGAAGAAAAUCCUAUGGAGACUGUUGAAGAGUUAACUUUUACAAAUUCUUCGAGGCCAUCUACAAGACCAUCUUCAGAAAUUCUCUACCAGAGGCCUCCUUCUUCCAGGUCAACAAAAACUCCGGAGGAUAUUGCGGGUAAGCCUCGUACAAACACACCAAAUUACGAUACAACCGACGAGAGUCGAUUAUGGAGUCCAAAUCUCGCUCCACCUACUAAAAAAGUAUUCGAAAAGCGUCGAAGAGUCUUACCAAAUCUUCCACCAGAGUCUAAAUCAAAAUUUAAAGAACAAAUGCCGGUUCCUCCUUCGUCUCCUUCUGGAUCUGAGAGUGAAAUUUCCGUGCGAAUAAGACGUAAACAAUUGCCAGAUCAUCCUCGUUUGGAGGAUGGUAAGGAAACAAAGCAAACUAUGCCGAUGAAUAGCCCUAAGAGUCCUUCAACCCGUUCAAAUACUGCAAGUACUGGUGAUUUUCGGCCACUUAGUGGUAGAUAUCUUCCUCCAACGCCUGUUUUGGCCUCCACCUCUCGUUGUGUAACUCCACCUUGGAGGAGAAGAAAUGAGAGAAAAUAUUCAUCUCACGAUGAACAACACGCAAUAUUGAAAGACAAGGCAUUUAGUGAUGACGAACCAAAGACAGAAAUAGUCGGAGAAGUAAAUAACUCGAGAAAGAGUUCCAUUAAAUCGAAUAGAUCGGCAAGCACUGAAAAUGAAGCUGCCAUCGAAGAUCCGUCCAGUUACGACGUUUUCAAUAGAGAUAAGCCACCGUCAAUAGAAGAGAAUAAUGUAAUUGUAGACCACCGAGAGAUCGUUAUAGAUAAGCAGCAAGUCUCAGAACCUCAGCAAAGAGAAAUGAAAUCUGAUUUAAGCAAUCAUUCGGCAACGUCGUCGAAUAGAGAACGACCCGUUUCAGCGGCGUCGGUACGGUCAAGACUCUUGACACCCGAUAGAAUGUCUGCAAGAUCGGAUUCGAUCGAAAAGCACGUUCAAUUCGUCCAAAGUCCCCAAGCAGAAGGAGAUGGAGAAGAUGAGGAAAAAUCAGUAGCUGAAAGCGAAGGGGAGAAACUAUUGAAAAAACGACCAACCUCUUCUAAGAGGCCAAUUAGCGCUAGACAACCUUCAAUAGAGAUAAAUAGGGAUGAAAAUGAAUCGGAGAAUUUAAUUCAAAGUGAUAAUAAGAAAAACCGAAACCUUCCUGAACUACCGAAAGAAGACGGAAGUGCGGCGAAAAAGGAAAAACUUCGAUCAAAUUCUCCUCCUCUUUUAAGCGUCUCUCCUUAUGAUAAUCAAGGAAUAUCUUCUAGUAAGAAGGAUGUUUCUAGUUCAGCUCCCAUUAAAAAAAUAUUAAAAUCGAGCGAAAAACAAUCUAAAACACCUCCAAAAAGCUCAUCGCCCACUCAUAAGAAGCCACCUUUAAGUGUGAAAUUUUCGGAAAAUCAGAUCAAAGAGUUUAAAAGAAGUCAGAGCGUUCUCUCUUCAAUUGAUAAGAAAAUGGAAGAGGAGAAAAAAUUAGAGAAGGAAAUGGAUCAAAUUUUAUCGAAUACAUUUUCAAUCGAAGAGGGUUUGUCGGCUGAAGAACUUGCACUUGAAGCUGAGAUUAUUAAGAAUAAACUCAAAUCUGCUGCUGAAAAUGUCGUUGGUGGCGAGAAAAAAGGGGAAACAAAAUCAAAGGCUAGGCCUAAGUCAAAAAGUCCUAAAAUGAAACGGAAGCAGAAACAAGAGGACGGCGAUGAAUUAGAAAAGAAACGUCAAAGUUUAAGGGAAGCUAAACGACUGGAGAGACAAAAACGUCUUGAAGAAGCUCAAGCCCUCGAAGCCAAAAUAAAAGAGAUUGAACAUCAAAAUGAGCUAAAGAAACAGGAAGUGGAGGGCAAUAAAAAGAUUGUCGAAGCAGAAAUACAAGCAGCCACCAACGAAGUUAUGGAGGCUGAAAGGGCGGAGGAGGAUGCCAGAAAUUUAAUAGCCGAACAAAGAAAACAGUACAAAGAACAAAGAGAAGCGAAGAGAAGAGCCGAGCAAGAAAAGAAAAGGGAAAAAGAAAGGUUAAAGAGAGAAGAGGAAAAAGCUAGACUCGAGGCGGCCAGAAAGAGAGAAUUACAAAUGUUGGAGACGCUAGCUUCUGCCGAAGAGAAACGUAAAUUACGAGAAGAGGAGAGGAAGAGAAAAGAAGAACAAGAGAGGGAAGAGCAAGAGCGAUUAGCCGAAGAAGAAGAAGAGGAAAGGAAGCAAAGACAACUGGAGGAUGAAGAGAUGGAAGAGAUGGAAAGAGCAAUGGAAGAAGAAGCUCUUAAGAAGAUAGUUCAGGCUAGAGAAGAAGCUGAAGAAAGACAAAGAGCAUUAUAUCUAGAAAAGCUUCAGAUGGAAGAGGAGAGUGAAAGAAUAAGACUAAAGAUGGAAGAAGAGGAAAUGCAAAUCGAAAUGGAAAGAUUAGAGAAAGAAAGACAAGAAAGGGAACGCCUAGAGCAAGAGCGCCAAAAGUUGAUAGAGAUUCAAAGGUUGGAAGAAGAAGCUAGGGAAAGAAUGAGACUUGAAUUAGAGCAGAGGCGUCAAAUUCUUCUCAGAAGAAGAGAUAUCAAUUUAGAAAGACAUUCUCAAUUAGAUAAAAUUAGAAAAGCUCAAGGUGUUACAAAGUCAUGGAUAUUUUCGUAUUUCGUACGAUGGCCAAGGGAAAAUUACGAAAAACCAAUUGGAGGAGAGCCAAAGAAUAAAAAGGGAGGAUUCCGCAAUAGGAAACCUCAGCAAAGACCAAAAACUGUUUCCUAA